CUGAGCCGACGCCAGGCGCGCCGCUGCGGGCUGCUGGUGGAGCAGCAGCUGUUUGAACGCAGCCGGAGGUUUCUACGGCGACUCGGGCGGAGUCUGGGGGAAGGCUCCUCCCCCUACCAGCAGGUCGUGUCAGUGCUGCAGGGAAGCUCCGCCCCCUCACCUGAGCACAUGGAGCAGGUCUCCGCUCUGCUCAGUAGCCACGCCCACCUGCAGCAGGAAUUCUGGGACUUCUUCCAGCAGCUUCACGGGCAGCCGUCGCCCAUAGCAACCAGCUCAGAGACUACGGAGACGGACCGCGCUACCCAGAAUCCUCCAGACAGGAACAGGAAGAGAACGCAGCGAGCCGUCUGUGCCAAAAACAUCUCCAGGAGCUCCAACGGAGAGAAAGUCGUCAUCUGGACACGCGAGGCGGACCGUGCCAUCCUGACCGCCUGUCAGCAGCGGGGAGCCAAUCAGAGGACCUUCAGACAAGUCUCCACCCAGCUGGGAAACAAGACCGCCCACCAGGUGAGCUGCCGCUUCCACGACCUCAUGACCCUCUUCCACUCCGCCUUCCAGAAGGGACAGCCAAUCAGCAGGCAGGACGCCCGGGACUGAUCAGCCAAUCAGAGAGGAGAUGUGAACCAGAUAUGACAGAAUUAAAACAAACAGCUGACAGAACCACAACGCUGAUCUGAAGGUUCUCCAGAGAGUCAGUAAGAGUUUUC